AUGUUGAGAUUUUCCAAUUCUAGUUUUAAAGCAAUUGUGCAAUCCUCAUACAAACUGGAUAUAAGAAGAAUGAGCUCUACGUUUAGAACAGAAACCGAUGCAUUCGGUGAGAUCAACGUCCCCGCUGACAAGUAUUGGGGCGCUCAAACCCAAAGAUCGUUCCAAAACUUCAAGAUUGGUGGUGCUCGUGAAAGAAUGCCAUUGCCGCUAGUGCACGCUUUUGGUGUCUUGAAGAAAUCCGCCGCCAUUGUGAACGAGUCUCUUGGGGGGUUGGAUCCCAAGGUUUCCAAGGCUAUUCAACAAGCUGCUGACGAGGUGGCCGCGGGUAAACUGGAUGACCAUUUCCCACUGGUCGUUUUUCAAACAGGUUCCGGUACCCAAUCAAACAUGAACGCCAAUGAAGUCAUCUCCAACCGUGCAAUUGAGAUCUUAGGUGGUAAGAUCGGGUCCAAACAGGUCCAUCCAAACAACGACUGCAACCAGUCUCAGUCUUCCAAUGACACUUUCCCCACCGUCAUGCAUAUUGCUGCCAGUUUGCAAAUCGAAAACGAAUUGAUACCUGAAUUAACCAAUUUGAAAAAUGCGCUAGAGGCCAAAUCCAAGGAAUUCGAACACAUUGUGAAGAUCGGUAGAACACAUUUGCAAGACGCUACACCUUUAACGUUGGGUCAGGAAUUCUCCGGUUACGUGCAACAGGUCGAAAACGGUAUUCAAAGAGUGGCCCAUACUUUGAAAACCCUAAGUUUCUUGGCUCAAGGUGGUACUGCUGUUGGUACAGGUUUGAACACGAAACCGGGAUUCGAUGUCAAGAUAGCUGAACAGAUUUCCAAAGAAACCGGACUAAAGUUUCAAACCGCCCCCAACAAAUUUGAAGCCUUGGCUGCCCACGAUGCCAUUGUUGAAUGUAGCGGUGCUCUAAAUACUCUUGCGUGCUCUCUUUUCAAAAUAGCUCAGGAUAUAAGGUACUUGGGGUCGGGGCCACGUUGUGGCUACAACGAACUAAUGUUGCCCGAGAACGAGCCAGGUUCCUCCAUUAUGCCCGGUAAAGUUAACCCCACACAAAACGAAGCAUUGACGCAAGUGUGUGUUCAAGUUAUGGGUAACAAUGCUGCCAUCACAUUUGGUGGUUCCCAAGGUCAAUUCGAAUUGAAUGUAUUUAAACCGGUCAUGAUCGCCAAUCUGUUGAACUCGAUCAGAUUAAUAACAGAUGCGUCACGUUCGUUCAGAGUACACUGUGUCGAAGGAAUCAAAGCCAACGAACCUCGUAUCCACGAAUUAUUGACUAAAUCCUUGAUGUUGGUCACUGCUUUGAACCCAAAGAUUGGUUACGAUGCCGCUUCCAAGGUCGCCAAAAAUGCUCAUAAAAAGGGUAUCACCUUGAAGGAAAGUGCCCUGGAAUUGGGCGUGUUGACCGAGGAAGAAUUUGAUGAAUGGGUCGUUCCCGAAAAUAUGUUAGGUCCCAAAUAG